AUGAAAAAUCUCAAACCAGAAGAUAAUUAUAGUAACAGUUUAGAUAGAGAAUUAAGAGCUGAACAAAAUGAAGACUUUGAACAAUAAUAUUUAGAAUUUUGUUUAAAGGAAUCACGACCUAGUAGUAUUUUUUAGAAUGCAAUGUUUUCAUUGAGUAGAACAGAUAAAACACCAGAUAUCACAUAUACACCAAAACCAGAAAAUGAUUUUCUUUAAAAUGAUGUUAUUUCAUUAUCUGAGAUGCAGACUUAAAUUAAUAAAACAUCAAAAGAUACUGGUUCUAGUCUUAUGGCUUUUUUUUUCAUUAGAAGGUUUUUAGAGAAAGUUGGAUAAAAAAGACGAUAGUUAGAAACUCUAAAUUGGAGUAUUUUAAAUUUAAUAAGUGAUAAAGCAUCUGAAAAGUAUAAUUUUCAAUAAUUAUAGUACAAAUGUGAUGGCCUAUGCCAAGUAAUUUUAGCGUAAGGAACUUUCUUUUUUAUCAGUAUAAAGAAUAUUAACUUAAUAAAUUAUUAAAAAACGAACUCUUGAGAAAUUGAAAGAAACUCUUCACUAUAUGUAAAGGUAAGCUUUUAAAUAUUUCUUAUUGACUCUUUCUUUUAUACCAUUAAUUUAACCAGAGAGUAUAUUUAAGAUGUAUUGGGAUUUUUUUGUCACAUUUAUUAGAGGAAUACUGGUAUGUUUAGUACCUUUAGAAAUAUCUUUUAAUUCUUAAAUUUUAUUAUCUGAAGAUAGAAUUUUUUCAAUGUUGAUAUUUAUUGUUUUGUGGUUGGAUUAUUUUAUUAAUAUUAAUACAAUAACUUAUAAAUCUGGCAAAGCAUUAGUAGAUCAUUGGGAAAUUAUCAAAGCUUAAACAAAUAACUCAAUAUUAAUUGAUCAAAGUAUAACCUUUAUAUUAAUAAUUAACAUUUAUUUACCUUCAGGAAAUUAUGAUUUAAUUUUGAUUCUUCUUUUAGGUUAAUUGAAACACAUCUAUGAUACAUUUUUAAAAGUAGAUUAGAUAUCGUAUCUUACUAGACCUUUGAGAGGAAGAAUAAGUUUAGUAAAAUUUUUGGUAUCAUUAAUAUAUGUAGCUCAUUUAUUUAGUUGUAUAUGGUUUUGGUUCAGCAGUAUAGAUUAAAAUGAUUCUUGGAUAAUUACAAAAAGAUUAGGAAAUCUUAAAUGGCCAUCUCAAUAUUUAGAAGCAUUUUAUUUUGCAAUAGUAACAAUGUUAACUAUUGGUUAUGGAGAUAAUGUACCAUAAAAUUAAAUAGAAAAAAUAGUUACAAUAAUAUUUAUUCUUUGUGCAUGUUUGUGGUUCUCUUAUAGUGUAAACUUUAUUGGUGGUAUAAUUGAUGAUAUUACUCAAAAUUAAGUUGAAAGAAAUAAAAAAAUGAGGGUUAUAAAUAAAUAUAUGAGAGAAAGAGAGAUUCCAUUUGCUUUAUAAUAUUAGUAAAUGAAAUAAUUAACUAAAUAAUAGAAUUAAAGAAUACCUGACAUAUCGUUGGAAAGAAGAUGAUGAAAUAGAUUUGGAAAUGGAGUAAACAUUACUUGGAUAAUUAUCAGAUGAAUUAAAAGAAGAAUUAGAUAAAUAAGCUUAUAAAAUGUUUAUAUUGAAAUGUGAAUUUUUAUAGAAAUUUUUUAGUCUUGAAUUUCGAAAUGCUCUUUUUAAGUCAAUUAAAAGAAAGAUCAUUCAACCUUAAAAUACAUUUUCAAUUGAAUUUAAUGGAGAACAUCAUUUAUGUUAUAUAGAAUAAGGAACAUUAUUAUAUCAACAUGUAGAUGGAAAACAACGAUCUAAAAUUAAUUCUCAUAUUGAUCAUGGAAGAUUUAUAUGUGUGAAAGAAUUUCUAUUAAAUAGUUAAGAAAGAGAAUUAUUUAAAGCUGCUGGAUAUGUUAGUUUAUUGAUAUUAUCAAAGUAAGAUUUUUUAGAAACCUUAAAAGAUUUCCCUGAAGAUUUUUAAAAAUAUUGUUAAUUAAGAGAUUAAUUAACACUUAAUUUAGAUUAAGAACUUAUUAAAGAAGGAUAAUUUUGUCCUGUCUGUAAUAAAAUUGAUCAUCAAUUAAAUAAAUGUCCUUAAGUAUAAUUGAUUCCAAAUAAAGAAAUAGUAAUUAAGAGACACAACUUUCAUCAUACUUAAGAAAGAAGACAUCAUAAAAGAAGAUUUAUUGAUAAACCAAUUAUGACAAGAGCAGAAAUGCUUUUUGUUUAAGAAUGUGCUAGAAUAUUUGCUUAGGAUAAUCCUCAAUUUAUUUAAAAUUAAUAAAAGUGUUAACAUAUAGUUGAAUAAGAACUAGAACCUAAUAUAAUAUUUAUUGCAACUGAAGAAUAACCUUCUGUUAAAGUAUUUCCUGUAUCUGAAGAAUUUCUUGUUACUUCUGGUCAUCAAGCAGCUAAAAGAUGUAUUGAUUUAGAAAUCUAAUCUGAUAUUAGAAUUGAUAAACAAAAUAAACCUUAAUAAAAGUAUAAUUCAAAAAGAAUUUAUAAAGUUGGAUCUAUAUAUGAUCAUUAAUUCUUAAGAUAAAAUACAAAAAGUCCUUCUCUUCUAUCCAGUUUAAAUGAACCAUCUAUUGAAUAAAAUAAUAAUGAAGCUUUUAUUAAUAAUGAAGUUGAUGCUUUUAGAAAAUAAAUUAAAGAUUUUUAAUAAAUGCAUGCUGAAAAUAUCAAAAUAGUUUAUCAUCAAUUAUAAAAAUUUAGUGAUGAUCCUUAACUUACUAAAUAAGUAAAAGAAAUCACUUAUCUUUAUAUACAGCAAUAUAAUCAAUCUGAACCUAAUUUAGAUUUAAUAUAUAAUUAUGAUUUCUAUUUUCCAUCUCACAAUAUCACUUCAAUUAUUGAGUAAAUUAAUAAAAACAAAUAAAGCUGGCAACAAUUAAUUUUAAAUAGAUUUUAAGUUUAUAUGCUUUAUCCCUUUUAAUUUAUACUCAAAUUUAUGAAAUACAAAAGAACUAAAAAUUAUGUUUCAAUUAUAAAUAAAUUUGAAAAUAUUUAAAGGGUAAAACGUAAAAUUAUGUUUCUAAGAGCUCCGUAAAGUCAAAUUAAAAGAAAUAAAGUGUUGCCAGAAGUUUAAGUUAAAAAUAGUAAAUUGUAAAAAAAAAUAUGA